CCUGGUGUUCUCUGUUCUCCCCCUUCUCAGCAUUCUAAACCCCACUCCCACUCAGUCACUCCCCUUGCGUUUCCUCCUCACAUCAACUCCGCCGUCCGCCCCCGCCUUCCUUCUCCAUUGCAGAAUCUUUUCUCCUGUGACCUACCCUGUUCUUCUUCCUGCUUCGAGGGGGAGCGCGGAGGGCUCCGUGGGUCGCAGGGUAAUAGCGCCGCCGCCGCCGGUCUUGCCUUAUGAUGGCAGAGGCAAGCAGAGGAGCCAAGAGAAAGGCUUUAGUACAAUAUUUGGAUGGAAUCGAGGAAGAAGAUGCUCCAACAAUGUACCGGUUUCAGGUCCUGUUGCCAAAUGCUGUGAGCAUCAGCCUCACGCUGAACAACCCUGGCGAGGAGAUGCCGGUUCGUGAUCUCUUGCGUAGUGUCAAGAGGGAGUUGAACAGUGCCCCUGUGGGAGGUGGAAAGGUACGGGAGAUACACUGGGAUGGCAAUAUAUUUCUAACGGACAUCCUUGACCAGAAGAUUACAGACAAAAUCAAGUUGAGCAACUUUGACACCAAGAGUACAAACAUAUUAAGACUCCAGGAUGAAAAAGGAGGAUUUGUCGGUACAUUUGAGAAUAUGUGGGACCUUACCCCUCAAACUGAUCUGGUUCAAGAGCUUCCGGCAGAAUAUAGCACUGAGAGUGCUCUUGUUGACCUUACUGAUAAUGCACUGCAAGCUGUGUGGUCAAAUGGUACAGGAGAAAGGAAGUUGAUCAGGAUAACUGUUGACAAAGAAAAGAUUAUGAUUUUUGACACUGGUAGGGGAAUGGAUGGUUCGGAUCAGAACUCUAUCUCUAAAUGGGGUACAUUGGGUUCUUCUAACCAUAGAGUAUUUCGGCAGAAAGGUAUUGGUGGGAAAGCACCAUAUCUAUUGCCCUUCUUUGGGAUGUUUGGUUACGGUGGAACUAUUGCUUCAAUGCAUCUUGGAGGAAUUGCUAUUGUUAACUCUAAAACUAAGGAAUCUGGAAAAGUGUUUACCUUACACCUAUCAAGGGACGCCUUGCUGAAAAAAACAUUAUCUAAGAAUUCCAAACCCACUUGGAAGACUGCUGGAGGAGUAAGGGAUCCAUCUGAAGAGGAGAUGACGUUGUCACCACACAAGAGUUUUACCCAGGUGGAGAUUUAUGGGUUGAAAAAACAUCUGGAAGUAGACAGACUUCUUGGUUUUUUGAAGGACAUCUAUUUCCCAUAUAUCCAGUGUGAUGAUGAUACUCAAUCAAUGAAUACAAGAAACCCAGUUGAAUUCGAGGUGAAUGAUGUAAAUUUAGCUGAGGUACAAGAGGGUGAAGUCACAGUAACUAAUAUGCACUCUUCAAAUGGUCCUGAUUUUAUUUUUCACCUAAAGUUUACAGAAAUCAAAUCAGCUUCUUGUCAAGCCCAUGCGCGGUUGAAGUGUGUCUACUUUCCAAUUAUAAAGGGAAAAGAAUCUAUAGAUUCUAUCUUGGAAAAGUUAAGGAAUGAUGGCUAUGAAAUGAAAGAGAACUUCGAGAACUUCUCUCGUGUAUCAAUUCGUCGACUUGGGCGUUUACUUCCCGACGCUAGAUGGGGUCCUCUUCCAUUCAUGGAAGCAAAACACAGAAAAGGCCACAAGGCUGAAUUCUUUAGGCGAUGCUGCAAGAGGGUAAAAUGCUUUGUAGAAACAGAUGCAGGGUUCUCUCCAACACUUUCAAAGACUGAUUUAGCACAACAUAAUCAUUUUACGAAGGCACUUCGUAAUUGGGGUAGCAAAUAUUUUAACAAUACCUCAGCUGAGGUUGAAGUUGAAGCUUGUGACAAGGACGAAAAAUUACUAAGUUAUAAUCAGCUGGAGAAACAAUACUAUGAUUGGAUCAAGGAAAUGCAUGACAAGUACGAUGUGGAAAUGGAUGGUGGGGAUGAUGAACCCACCCUUAUUAUCAAUCCAAAGUGCAAGGAACGACUUGGAAUAUCCAAUGAUGUUGAAGUCAUUAGAGUUCAUAGAUCAAUUACCAGAAAAGGGAAGACUUGGAGGAGAGGAGAUCAUCUGAAAAUUCUUCCUGGAGCAACUGGACGUAUGAAAAAUACAUUCUAUUCAUUGAAAACUUCUUUGUGUACCACUUUGGAGUACAUUGUUGUUGAAGGUCUUCAAGGAGAUAUUUGUGGUGAAGCCCGCCUUAUAUGCAGGCCUAUCGAUUACUCUGCUGAGCAAGGAUGCUGGCUCGAUGAAGCCGGCUGCACGAGUCCAAAUAUAUAUAUCCAAGAAUCAGUCUCGUUUCCCGUCAGCAUAAUAGAUAAUAGAAUGUACAAAAUUAUGGAUGAUGAUUCUUGGAAUCAAAUGCUGAAAAAGAGAAAGGAGAAGGCUCCUGCAUGGAUUGAACUCAUCAGUAAUUCUGAAGUUGAUGCUCUUGGACUAAGAGGGGAUCUACCAUAUGAAGGUGAUGUAAUGGCUGGUUAUCGACCUCCACAUGAAAUUGUAGCUGUUUUACGACCAGGAAAUUAUACGCCUAGCUCCACUGGUCUUCUUGAGCAGAAGUAUAUUGUGAAGGAUGAGCUGGAGAUGGUAAUGGAGGUUAAACAGUUGUCCAGAAGUAAAGACUGUCCUGCAAAACUUGUUGAUAAAAAGGUGAAGAAAACCUCAUUGCAUAAUGACAUACAUGGACUGUACGUAUUUCCAUUGAGAGAAGCUUCGUGGAUAUUUAAAAAAUCUGGAGUUUACCAGUUUAAUUUCUCUGUGAGUUGCAGAGAUACAAGUGUCAUUCAGAAACAGACAACUAUAACAGUCUGUCCUGACUUGAACUCUAGGCGUUGUCUUUUCACUGGCUCUUCCACUAAUAGUGAUCCUGUGAAUAUAAGGCUUGGAUGUCCAGUUAUAUGCCUUGCUGUUAAAAGUGUUGAUCAAUAUGGAAAUGAAAUUCCUUUCCUUGAUACAUCUGGCAUUACUAUAACUUUGUUCGAUGGUGAUGAUGUCCUUGCGCAUGUUGAUGACGUUGAAGUGGAACUCGCAUCAGAUUCAUUAACGAUGAACGUCAAAGAUUUUUUGUUUAAAACCAGCAAGUUAGACAUACUACGGCCAAAGUAUGAGGCGAAGUUGAAGCUAUCUUCAUUUGAUAAUAAGUUGUCUGGUAUAUGGCCAUGUAAAGUUAAACCAGGCCUUCCAUCAACUGUUGUUAUGGACAUGUCCCUCUUCUUGGAAGAGAAUUUAACUCCUGGAAGAGUGAUCGAUAAUUUCCUUCUUGAGGUGUUCGAUCAAUUUAGCAAUCAUGUUGAAGAAGGAACCAUACUUGAUAUCCAUGUUGAUGGACUCUGUUUUCUAGACAAAAAAAUCUCUGUUCAGAAGGUCAAUGGUGAGGGGUUUAUUGACCUACGUGGAGCACUAAGAGUCUUGGGUGGCUUUGGUUCAGAAGCUUGUAUAUCAAUUUUUCACAAUGGGAAGAAGAUUUUCUUACAAAUAUUUCAAAUAGCCAUAAGAGAGUUAAAGGCAGUAAAUGUUCCUGAAAGUUGUCCGGCUGGAUCCUUUCUGGACAUAAUAUUUGAAGUUUCUGAUAGCAACGGUCUAAUUGAUGAAUCCAUAGAUGGACCCCUUCAUACACUCAACAUCACAUCGAAUGAGUUACCACUAGCGGAAGGAGCACGAUAUGCCAUUAAACAUGGAAGGUGUGUAGUUUCUCAUGUGCAGCUUCCUCGUGAACAAGGAAAUGUCACUAUUGUGGCAUGUCACACACAUUAUCCUGAUUUGCAAAUAACGAUUCAGCUUCAAGUUCAACCUUUCGAUUUAGUAUUGACCAGCUUUGAGGAUGGACCUGAACCUAUAUUGAGAGAUCCAAUUUUAUCCACUGACAGUUCAAAUCUUUUAAUUCCCUUUCAAGUUGCUCCUGCUCAACCUAGUCAUCUUGUCACAUAUGUAAAAGAUGUUAUUAAGAAAACCGAAAGUAAAGUUGGAGAUACCUUUUCAGAGAUAGAGUCUACAAAAAAGAGACUUGUAACUCUUUAUUCUCGCAAGGACUCACUGGAGGAGGAAAUUGACACCCUAAAAGGUGAGGUCGGGUCUAUGGUUGGUUAUUUCAUUGAUGCAAAGGAGUUAAUUCGUCAUAAAAUUAGAGAAAAACCUGGUACUGCUGCUUUUGUUCUAUGCUCUAGUGAAUGUUUCAUGGAUGAUUUUGUCGGUAUUGUUGCCCUACUUGGAACUGUUCCAAACAGCAAAAUUGGCAAGAUGCUUGCUGUAUAUCUUGGCAAAGAUGACAUGCUUUCAGUAGUUUGCAAGACAAUGGAUGCUGCUAAUUGCAUUGAGAAAUACAACACUGAUGGAGAUGUGGAUGUUGGCUUUGGCAUUCAUCAUGAAGCAGCUGCUCUAGGAGUUCCCAUAAAGAGUAGAUUUUCUACCAUUUGCCUGGAUGAUAUAGAGCCCUUCAAAGGAGGUCUUAUGCGGAACAGUCCACAAAAGGAAUUAAACCUGACGUGGCCGUUUCCACAUGUUAAUGGACCUAAGGGAUUCAAAGGAUUUGCUGUCAAUAUGAUAAAUCUUUCUGACGAGAACUUGAACAUAACAACAAAAGGUGGACAUGGACUCCGUGAAACUUUAUUUUAUAGUCUCUUUGGAGAGCUUCAAGUUUAUGAAACCCGAGAUGAUAUGUUCCGAGCCAAGGACUAUUUGAACGGUGGAGCAAUAUCAUUGGAUGGUGGCAUUAUUAAAGGAAAAGGAAAACUUCUUCUUGGUUACAGUGAUCCAAAGAUAACAUUUCCUGUUGUCUCCGGCUUGAUGGAAACUCCGGGUGAGUUAAAAGGUCAUCAGGAUGCUGUCACGAAGACAAGAAAGCUGGAUGACAAAGUGAAGCUUUUGGAAGCAAGAAAGCUGGAUGACAAAGUGAAGCUUUUGGAAGCAAUCAAAACCGAAAUAAGCAAACAAGAAAUAGUUUAUGAGGAACUGUUGGAGAAGUUCAACAAGAGGAAGCGCAAGUUUGACGAGAUAUCAGAUAAAAUAACCCAACCUUAUGGGAACGAGCAUGUUCUAACCCCGGUGAAAGCGGAACUACUUGAUCUGUAAGCAGGAACUGUGCCGUAGACACAGUUUAUUUGUAGUUUUGUAGGCAGACCUAUUCUGCAAUGCAUAUGGAGACCCCUUGUGUUGGUAGUUUGAACUGACGUGAUAUGGUCAGUCUCCUGCCAAGGUACAUGGACAUUAUGCCGUGAUGACAUGCACAUGCUGUACCCUUGAUAGCCUCCUAAUUGUUUUGUUUGGCUGCCUGCAUCGAACCUUAUUCUUUCGUAUGAAUGCUUUUAACCAGUUUAAUUCUUUCGUGCCU